GCAUAGAAAAGGUUGAGAAGAGCAGUGGACGCAGCAGCAACUUUCUCUCUUUGUCCACAACUUUUUCUCCUGGGGUUUUGCAAAGCUGAAUGGACUUGAGUUUAUUCCACAAUACGCAGUUGGAUAUAAUCGAGCCUUGGGCAGGUCAAUUUUUAAACUGCUCUUUUGGGGACACUGCCACUUAUGGACUUAAUGAGUUCUGAAUUAACGUGAUACUGAGAGGAAGACGUGGAAGUAAGGCACAGCAGACUGUAAUUUGUUUUGGUUUACGUUGUCGCCAUGGCCAUGCUUCCGACGUUUGGUUUUACGCAGGAACAAGUGGCGUGUGUCUGCGAGGUCCUCCAACAAGGGGGGAACAUCGAGCGGCUGGGACGCUUCCUCUGGUCCCUCCCGGCGUGCGAACACCUUCACAAAAAUGAAAGCGUCCUCAAAGCGAAAGCCGUGGUCGCGUUCCACCGGGGGAACUUCCGAGAGCUCUACAAGAUCCUGGAGAGCCACCAGUUUUCGCCACAUAACCAUCCGAAGCUGCAGCAGCUGUGGCUCAAAGCGCACUACAUCGAGGCGGAGAAGCUGAGAGGCCGACCACUCGGAGCCGUGGGGAAGUACCGCGUCAGGAGAAAGUUCCCGCUGCCCCGCUCCAUUUGGGACGGAGAAGAGACAAGCUACUGCUUCAAGGAGAAGAGCAGGAGCGUCCUUCGGGAGUGGUACACCCACAACCCAUACCCAUCCCCGCGGGAGAAAAGAGAGUUGGCUGAGGCCACGGGACUCACCACCACACAGGUCAGCAACUGGUUCAAAAACCGACGGCAGCGAGACCGGGCAGCGGAGGCAAAGGAAAGAGAAAACAACGAGAACUCCAACAGCAAUAGUCACAACCCAUUGACUUCUUCCAUGAAUGGAAAUAAAACUCUAUUGGGGAGCUCGGAUGACGAUAAAACACCCUCGGGUACACCGGAUCACACGUCUCCCAGCCCGGCUCUGCUCCUUGGCUCAAACACGGGUUUACAGUCUCUGCACGGCCUGGCGCCCCCGCCGGGACCCAGCGCCAUCCCCGUACCCAGCGGUGCAGACUCGGUGCACCAUCACCACUCAUUGCACCAUGACACCAUACUGAACCCUAUGUCAUCGAAUCUAGUGGAUCUUGGCUCCUAAAAAAAAAGCGGCCCAGAAAGCGGACAGAGAACACCGCGUCUGUGUUUUGGAGGAGGUGGCUUAAGACAAGCUUCAAGCACUUGCCGGCGAGGUUCAAGGCAGACAGACUGGAACACUGCGAAAACAGCCACCUUAACAAAUCAUUUAGUCUCAAAUUCAAUAUAUAAACGCUUUUUAAACAAGUGGGAAAAAUGUGGCAGUGUGCGCGACACCUCCAUUCACCCCCAAAUUAAACCUAAGCUUGUUUCCGGGAUUUUCUCGAAACAAGUGAAGGGCAGAGAACUUUAUCGAAUUACAACAGGUACCAUUUUCUCACGCCGUUGGCAUAUUUUGCCUUUAAUUCGCCCAAGGAAAAUAGACAGAUGAAUAGGUUUGAGAUUAUAUGACUUGUUAAAGCGGAGCAUUUUUGCAGUGGGGGUGCAGACAGAAGCCGAAGAGGAUCUAAGUCGUUUUAGGUAAAACAAAACAUAAAAAAUAACUAUUUUACCAGAAUGUAAUAACGUUACAAUGUUAUAUUGUUGAACACAAUAACAAGAAAAUGUCUUAAUUCUUGUUACUAUUACCGUUGUUACUGUAGGGGUUUAGAUCUUUGGGCACCUAGUUAAAUGUACCCCAUCGCCUUUUGGCCUUUUUGUUUACAUGGGAUUUACGAGAGAGCCAUAAGCAGCUUUUUUUUUUUUUGAAGGGGGGUGAUGGGGUAUGAUAUUCUCAAGUGUCUUAUAAGAGCAUCGAUAAGGAAGAACUAUUUUCAUCUCUUGCUAUUAUUAUUUGCAUUUUCAUUUGGAACGAGUGCAUGUAAACUUUGCGAUAACUGAUGAAACAUAAAACGAUUCACCUAUAGUUUCAUAUACCCUUUACAAUAAAAAAAGA